CUCCCUGGGUUCUACUUGCUGGGGCUCCCUUUGCCCCGUCUUCACACCAGGGAGACCCUUGGCCUGCAGCUGAGCUGGGGCCCCGGUUGGCGUGGAUGAGCCUGCUGGACAACAGCUGCCUCUCCCACUGGCUCGUGGAGGUGCCAUGAGGCCUUGUAUGGGGAGAAGGACCCGGAGCUCAUCCUGCUGGAGCCCCCUCCCUUCCUGCUCGUCCCUACCCUGGGCCAUGCUGGCUCAGGGACAGCCACUGCUGACCGGGAGGGAGGCCAAACCCCUGCACUGUGCCGAGUGCUGUCCUCUGUCUUGUGCGUGGUCCCCUGAGCCCGGUCCGGUCCCCGUGUUCCAGGGAGGACACUGGAGGGUCGGAGAGGGGCUGUCCCUCAGCUCUGGUCCGUGCCCGGGCCAUGCUCCUGUGGUGGGACCCAGGCAGAAGUAGACAGGCUGGGCGCUGUCCCAAAGCCCAGAUGCAUGGACGAGGGUAGGUGGGAGCCUGGCCUGGAUGCAGGCCGGCCACAUCAGCCGGCAGAGGGUUACUGGGCAUCCCCCCGCCCCCAGGCCAGAAGGCAGGUGAGGCGGGGCCAGACUGAUGUGCGGAGGGAGGGGGGUGCGGAGGGGAGGCCCCCUUCCUCUCUGGGCCCUGUCCAGCCCCAGGGACAAUCGGGAAUUCAGACCCCAGGCCUUGGGGGGAACAAUGGAGCCCUUGAAGGCCCUCCCCCCGCAUUGUGCUUGGUGGUGAGAGGUGGCCCUGGGUCAGGCCCAGGACUCGGCCAGGCACACACCCUGCGAGGGCCAGUGUCCAUCCGGCUGGCAGGUGGAAGGGCUCAGGGACUCCCAUUUCCUGGCCUGGAAAAGGUCCCGCCCCCCGCCCCUAUGACCAACAUGAGCUGGAGCUUCCUGACGCGGCUGCUGGAGGAGAUCCACAACCACUCCACGUUCGUGGGCAAGGUGUGGCUCACCGUGCUGGUGGUCUUCCGCAUCGUGCUCACGGCCGUGGGCGGAGAGUCCAUCUACUCAGACGAGCAGACCAAAUUCACGUGCAACACGCGGCAGCCGGGCUGCGACAACGUUUGUUACGACGCCUUCGCGCCCCUGUCCCACGUGCGCUUCUGGGUCUUCCAGAUCGUCGUCAUUUCCACGCCCUCCGUCAUGUACCUGGGCUACGCCGUGCACCGCCUGGCCCGCGCCUCGGAGGAGGAGCGUCCAGAGCAGGCUGUGGCAAACCCCCCUGGCCUGCAGACCCGCUUUGGUGGCCCCAGGCCAAACGCAGGCCAGGACCCCAAUGUCAGCCUGCCUCUGAUGCCCAGGGCACGCUGA